CAUGUGUCACGAUUGUGCAAGUCCUGCAUGUUAUACAAUUAACCAACAGAGGUGUCGCUAAUUGAAUGCUGUAAAAAAAGAUUCGGUACAUUUUACAGUUAAAGAAUGAGCAUCCAAUCAUAGGGCAGUGUAUGUGUGUACUGUCCAAUCAGAGGACAGGAUAGUCUUAUAGCAACACGCCUCUUUUCAAAUGUCUAACCGACAUUUUCUUCCCCGAGUAUAGCCUGUCAGGUAGAUCUUCCCAAUUUAUUUAAUAACUGAACGUGCACAAAUGAAUGAAAUAGUUGUGGGUUAGGUAGGAUCAAGAGUGACGUGAGUUAAUGUGAGCAACACAUAUUUGAUUUGUUUGCUUUAGGAGAAGAAGGAUUGCCUGCAAGGCUGAACUCUAGGCACAAUGUAUAUGCUCUGUACUGUACAGCAGCCCGCCAUUAAAAGUGUGGCGGAACCCAAAGGCUUGACUCGUUUUAUGGGCUUGUUUCACCCAUAGGUUUUUUACCCUUUUUACCUAAUAUUUGCACAGUCGUUGAAGCACCAGCUUUUACAUAGAAAGUACAAUUCACAGAUAUCAUUUUGGGCAAAAGUCUCGAUGUUUGUAGCUCACGUUAUUAAACAGUUGUUGUAUUUUUCGGCACCGGUAGUUUCCUCCUGAAUGCCCAUUCUGAAGCUUUUUGCGGUCCCACACUCAAUAUGUCCGCCAGGAAGGUCUAAAUGUGCUCAGUCGGAAUGCAGUAGGCGGGGCCGCUACGCUCGUGUCAAACUUUGGGAAUGACAGGAGUGCUGCAGGAUUCGAUAAGAAGGGGAAGUGUCGCCCUUGUUGGUCCUGUUUGGAUUACUUUGACAUCUUUUUACACAGUCUUUGGAUUCACCAGCUUUCUGAAGACAGGACGGCCUCAGCACACUCCUCAGCCAUGUCGGAGGACCUGAGCGCCCAAACCUGGUCCAUCAACAAAGAUGAUUAUGAGCUCCACGAGGUGAUUGGGAGCGGGGCCACAGCAGUGGUUCAAGCGGCCUACUGUUUACCACGCAAGGAGAAGGUGGCCAUCAAACGUAUCAACCUGGAGAAGUGCCAGACGAGUAUGGACGAACUCCUGAAAGAGAUUCAAGCCAUGAGCCAGUGCCACCACCCCAACAUCGUGUCUUACUACACCUCGUUCGUGGUGAAGGAUGAGCUGUGGCUGGUCAUGAAGCUGCUCAGUGGUGGCUCUGUGCUGGACGUGAUCAAGCAUAUCAUCUCACGAGGGGAACACAAGACCGGCGUCCUGGAUGAGCCCAGUAUAGCCACGGUGUUGAAAGAUGUGCUUGAAGGCCUGGAGUAUCUCCACAAGAACGGACAGAUCCACAGAGAUCUUAAGGCUGGAAACAUUCUCCUCGGGGACGACGGUUCAGUGCAAAUAGCAGACUUUGGCGUCAGUGCCUUUCUAGCCACAGGUGGUGACAUGACUCGAAACAAAGUGCGCAAGACGUUUGUGGGGACGCCAUGCUGGAUGGCCCCAGAGGUCAUGGAGCAGGUGAGGGGUUAUGAUUUCAAAGCAGAUAUUUGGAGUUUUGGGAUCACAGCCAUUGAGCUCGCUACGGGGGCUGCACCUUAUCACAAAUACCCGCCAAUGAAGGUCUUGAUGCUGACACUGCAGAAUGACCCCCCAGGUCUGGAUACCGGCAUCACAGACAAGGAGAUUGUAAAGAAAUACGGCAAAUCAUUCAGGAAGAUGGUCUCCUUGUGUCUACAGAAGGACCCGGAGAAAAGGCCGACAUCCUCAGAGUUGUUGAAGCAUAAAUUCUUUCAGAAAGCAAAGACCCAUGAGUAUUUACAUGAGAGGUUGCUCCAGAGGGCGCCCACAAUAACGGAGAGGUCGAAAAGGGUACGCCGAGUGCCAGGUUCUAGUGGUCGGCUGCAUAAAACGGAGGAUGGCGAAUGGGAAUGGAGUGACGAUGAGCUGGAUGAAGAAAGUGAAGAGGGCAGAGCGGCCGUGGCUGCCUUGCGGUCACCGAGAGUAAAGGAGGGAUCACAGAAUUCAGAGGUUUUCCAGACUCCUGAGCCUUUAAGCAGCCAGUCAGAACUACCUCAGGCUGCAGGCCAGGUCCCACUGCAGCCUGUCAGCACUCAACCCACUGGCCAGGCUACGUCUCCCACACCUGGUGCCCCUGCUGCUCCCUCACAGGUUCAAGCUGCCACAGGAGACAUCAAGUCUCCUAUUAGUUUGGUAUUACGGUUAAGAAAUUCAAAGAAGGAGCUAAAUGACAUCCGCUUUGAAUUUAUGCCAGGGAGAGACACAGCAGAUGGUGUGUCCCAGGAGCUGGUGUCAGCAGGCCUGGUGGAUGGGAGGGACUUAGUAAUAGUUGCUGCCAAUUUGCAAAAGAUAGUUGAAGAGCCUCAAGCCAAUAAAAAUGUCACUUUUAAACUGGCCUCUGGAACUGAGGGAUCUGAAUUACCAGACGACGUCAAACUCAUGGGCUUCGCUCAGCUCAGUAUUAGUUAAACUGUUGUACUACAUGGGACCGUGACUUGCCUAAAAAAUGUGAAAAUACAAAAAAAUAUGAAGUUAAAUUAAUUUUUUCUUUCUAUGGCUGUAAAGAAACCACUACUGCCAAAGAAAACAGUACCUUUGUGUCACCCUUAGGAUUAUACAAUGCCGCCUCGUUGAAUUCAGCUGAAGUAUCAGAGCGCACAGUGUAAGAAUCCCUCAAAAAAAAGUUUACAGCUCGUAUGUAGAAGGAUGCAAGUAUCUACAACAAACAGUUUUCACUUCCCAUUCUGGUCUCCUUCAUCCUGUUAUUUCUUUUUUCUCUAAUAUGUGACGCAUUUGCACAAUCUCAACUAAUGCCCUUGAAUCUUUAUAAGUGUAAAAAAUGCCUUAUAUUUAUCAGAACUACUGAAUGCACGUUUUUGGGGACGACCCCAGUUACCAUAUGGAGCAUUAUGUUGUCUGAAAUGUUUAAAUGUGGUUUCUGUUGCUUGCGUCAAACUUUUUACUUGAUUUUUGAGAGACGGUAUGAUGCAGUUUACUAAGCCAGCUAAAGUUAAAAGUGUCGACCCACUUCUGUACUCAACAAAUGUAAUGUGAAUAUACUUCUUCAGAAUGAAGUGAGCACUCCCAACCGUGACCAUCUUUAAUGGAUAAGGUUUUAUUCGGUAUUUCCUGUUAUUCAAAUUAUUCUCUAUUAUCUGUAUGAAAAAAACCCACAAAUGUGUUCCUCUCAGAGGUCAUAUGUUUAUGAACAGCAGCAGGAUGGAGUGUGUAGGAUUUACUCAAAAUAAACUCGCCUGCCCAUGUCAACCAGUGCAACCAUUUGGCCUAAUUAAUAAUAUGUUUUGGGGCAACAAACAGACAUUACAAAAAUGUAUGAACAUUGCCAGUCUUAUACUUAUAAGUAUUGAUACAACCAGCAUCAUUAGAAAGGAAAGGAAAGCCGUUUUUAAGUUAUUACACAUACAUAGAUUGUCCAGUACUUCAAAUUGAUAUCAUCUUCAACAAAUUACCUAAUUAUAAAACAUUGAUUUUUGUCUUAAUUUGUACCAUUGUCCAAUUUGCUUCCUCUCCUUUUACUCACGCAUACUGGCCUGAGGUGUCAAUUUGAUUCCAUGUUGACAUUGAGGUAACGUACAAGAAGUUUAACGACAGCUAAAACCACAAGUGUUGUGUGAGCAGAUGUGUCUGUUGCUAUUUGUGUCUAUUUGGAAUCAGUUUCUCAACAAGUGCAUUUUUGUUCAUGUGAAUGAAACGUGAGUACUUGAUUCAACCUCUAGUAUGUAAAUAAUGCUAUUUAGCUUUGAUUUGUUUUUAUACUGGGUGUCUCACUCUCGGCCUUCUUUCGGUCCCUAUGACACCGUUGUGGGUUGUAGCGCUGCGUGAAGGAAGACAACGAUACUAAUAACACGGCUUAGGAUUCAUCUUGCGGGACAUGCUGUCCAAUAACCGCAUGACAUUUAUUUACUUCAAAAUAAAGUUUCCGCUUUUCACUUUUUGCCUCUUUUUUUUUAAACGUUUGAAUAUAUUUUACCGCGAUGUAAUGCUCACCCCCUUUAAAUCUCCCCACGUUUUAAGCCGAGUAACAGCCAAUCUGUCUCCAGCUCUUAAUAAUACCGAGUGGAGGCUGUUUACAGUCCUUUAUUUAAAGUCUGACAGGGCAGAAAGCUUUUACUGUUUCAUUUGGUGGCGGGAUACUUUCAUAACCCUCCAGAUGCCAUAUUAAAGUAAAAUACAUGUUUUGCUUGCAGAUGAAAUGUUACAAGGAAAUCUUUGUAUUGUGACUUUAAACAUGUUACGUUUUACACUAUAGCCUCGAAUCGACAACAAAGUGUUGAUGUUUUAGUUCUUUUGGCAUAACGUCAAGGUUUUGGUUCAAAUUUUCAGUGUCUUCUAAAAAUUGAGAUCUUGUUAAGAUACCGGAAAUAAAUAUAUACAGGUUGGCCUGCCCUGGGUUCUCCUCAAAGGGGGGCAACUAAGUCAGAAACCCACGUUACUCUACAUUUUAAUACUGCAGUACUUGGUGCCAUUCUCCUGGUUUAGUCCGCAGCUGACGGCAGACAAGGACUGUGUAUGUGUGUGUGUGUGUGUGUUGGGGGGGGUUGUGUGUGUGUGGCGUAGGUGGAGCCCUGCUUCAUGGCUUUGUUGUCGUCCUUUAUUCAACAGUCUCUUCUGUCCGUCUUACAAAGCUGUAGCAACUGAACAGAUGACCGGCAAAAAAACAUUUUUGACCAGGCAAUAACUCAUCAAAGCUGUAAUAUAUAUUUAUAUAUAUAUUUGAAUUUUGUUCUCUUCUUUUUUUUGUUGCAUUCUGUCAUUUGGUCGUUUUGGAGUUCAAAGCAUGUUUCUCUUGAUUAUUUCUAAUCAAUAAAGAAUGAGCAUAUCAGCCUUG